GCCAGCGUGACGUAACUCACACUUUUCUCUCCGACUGUGGUUAUUAACUUGAAACAGUGGUGGUUUAACCAGACACCGGUUAUCACGCUUUUGCAUCUCGGAAGGAGUUACCCCGACCCUCUCGGCAUCCGUCUUGAACCAGCCACCAUUUAUAGCCUGGCGGUGACAAACAAUCUUAUUAUGAGAUUUAAACUUUGCCUCGGCUAGUCUGAAGGAUCAACAUGCGCUCCUUUCGCAGCUCGUCCCAUCCGUUUCCUAAGUGAUACAGUAAAACCUAUUCACAGUACCUGCACGCCUCCUUAGACUGUGGUGUCAGCUCUCGGUGUAAUAGAAAGACCCAAGCAGGGCUCCGGGUCUCUUCAGAAUACAUAAAGGCGAGCAAUGAGAGGAGCUCAGCUCUGAAUUAAAUCACUCACCGCUUAAUGGAUCUUUGAGAUUGGCGCAAGCAGUCGCUGCGUUUGGCGUCCUCAAACCGACCACAGACAUUUUGGAUUCCUGUUUUUAUUUCUUUUCUUUUCUUUUUUAAAUAAUAGUUUUUAACAUCUCUCAGAAAUAUCUCAUCUCUCCAUGAAAAUGUCUUGCGAUCGCGCUAAGAUACAGUGAGCUGCCAGCUUUGUAUCGGGACGAGGUUCAUGCUCUGCGAUCGUUCAGCAGACUUCAAGAAAAGAAAUCAUAGAACAUCUGCACUGCUGGAGGCCACCAGGGAUGCUUUCUCACACUGAGGAUUUCAACCUAGAUUACAGUGGUUAUUCAUCUGUGCACAUGCAAGAGACAGAGGAAGGAGGGAACUGGCAGAAUCACCAAGUUGAAACCAUUUAAUGAUGGUAGCCUCUGAGGAAACAAGCACAAGUCAAGCUAAGAUAGUGACAUCUCUUUUUGGACACUGCAAGAAGUUCAAUGCAGGCAAAUCACAAUAAAAGAAACUAAAGAAAGAAACCCAGCAUUUUUCAGAUUUGUACAUGGGGACAUUAUCCAUCAUCAUCCAUGCAUCAAUGAAGAGGGGACAUAUUAAAGGACUGUUUCUGGCUCUGAGAGCAGUUGAAUACCCAGCUGAUUCUCUGACAGGUUUGUGUAAGAGGUACUGAAACAACAGUGGUAUCACCUACCUAUCAUUUUUUGGCCCAGCUCAUGACUUUCAGAGAAGCACCAAUGGCCUGCAGCUUAGGCAUGGUGAUGAGUGCCUUGUUUUGGUCUGUAGCCAUUGUAUAUUUGACUCAAAUCCGUCGAGUCAGUGGCGACUGCUGGUUAAUUGAGGGUGAAAAGGGCUUUGUAUGGCUUGCUAUUUGUAGCCAAAACCAACCACCUUAUGAGGCCAUCCCACAGCAUAUAAACAGCACCAUUGUGGACCUUCGUUUGAAUGAGAACAAAAUCAAAAGUAUCCACUAUUCUGCUCUUAGUCGCUUUGCCAACUUGACCUACCUGAACUUGACCAAGAAUGAAAUCUCAUACAUAGAGGACGGGGCCUUUUCUGCUCAGUUUAACUUACAAGUCCUUCAGAUGGGCUUCAACAAGUUGCGGAACCUAACAGAGGGGAUCCUCCGGGGUUUAGGAAAGCUGCAGUACCUCUACCUCCAGGCAAACCUGAUUGAGACUGUGACACCUAAUGCCUUUUGGGAAUGCCCCAACAUAGAGAACAUUGAUCUCUCCAUGAACCGAAUCCAGCAGUUAGACGGAUCCACAUUUACCAGUUUAACCAAACUUACAACUUGCGAGCUGUACACAAACCCUUUUAACUGCUCAUGUGAGUUGCUAGGAUUUGUGAAAUGGCUCUCAGUUUUCCCAAACCGGACGAAUGAGCGAAUGGUCUGCGACUCCCCACCUGGCGUAUCGGGUUAUAGUUUACUGAGCCAGAACCCUAAUAAUCCAAUUUAUCGAAAUGCGCUUCACAUGCUUACUACUGUCUGUACUGAUGACUACGUGACCCCAUUUAUCCCCAUUUCGAUAGAAUCUACAACACUACCACCUGACUCAACUCUAUGUGGGAUGGAAGACUGUCCCUCAGGCACAGAACCAGAAGACAUUACAAUCAGUACAACUGAAAACGACGUCCAAGUAGCCCCUUUGAUGAAAGUGAAGCAAGUAACAAACACAGGUGCCACCAUCUCAGUUCAGAUUCCCCAUCCCUUCAAGAAAAUGUACAUCCUGGUUCUUUACAACAAUAGCUUUUUCACAGAUAUCCAAAACCUGAAAGACAUACAGGAGGACAUUGAGCUAAAAAACCUUAAACCCCAAACCAACUACACAUAUUGUGUUGCUUCAAUACGUAAUUCUCUUCGACACAAUCAUACUUGUCUGACAAUCUCCACUGGCCCUCGGAACGGAAAAGACAGAAAUGUGAACAAUGCAACUGCUACUCACUACAUUAUGACAAUUUUAGGAUGCCUCUUUGGCAUGGUGAUUUUUCUGGGGAUUGUUUACUACUGCUUGCGAAGAAAGCGUCAACAAGAUGAAAAGCACAAAAAAUCAGGCAGUCUGAAGAAAAAUAUAAUGGAACUUAAGUAUGGACAGGAACUAGAAGGUGGGACUAUAUCUCGAAUGUCUCAGAAGCAGUUGUUGGCUGGGGACAGCAUGGCUCGCAUGCCAUACUUACCAGGUGAAAUGGAGCAGUACAAAUUUCAGGAGAUAAGUGAUACUCCAAAAAUGAUUAAGGGAAAUUACAUGGAUGUGCGAAGUAUGGACCAUCAUGAGCGCAGGGAGUGUGAUAUGGGCAUGGGCAUGAGCAUGGGUAUGGGUAUGGGUAUGGCUGGGAACAGUCAGGGAUCAGUGGCAGAGAUUUCCACAAUUGCAAAAGAGGUGGAUAAAGUGAAUCAGAUAAUUAACAAUUGUAUAGAUGCUCUAAAGACAGAAUCUACAUCUUUUCAAGGGGGGAAAUCUGGAGCAGUGUCCACUGCAGAGCCCCAGCUUGUGCUGAUAUCAGAGCACCCGCAGAGUAAAUCUGGCCUUCUAACCCCAGUGUAUAAGGACAGCUACCACCACUCCCUGCAGAGGCAUCGAACGGCUGAUGUCUCGCCAAAGAGGCCCAGUACUGCCACAGGGGGGCCUAUGCGAAGCCCAAGGCCUUAUCGCUCUGAAUCCAAGUACAUAGAGAAAACUUCCCCAAGUCGAGAGACCAUCCUCACUGUAACACCCGCUGCUGCCAUCCUGAGGGCUGAGGCAGAGAAAAUCCGCCAGUACAGUGACCACCGGCACUCAUAUCCCGAUGCUCAGAUAGAGGAGCUUGAAGGACCUGACAGCCACAAGUUGUUGGAGCCCCUUACUCACUCCCGCUCCAGAGACUUAGCAUAUUCCCAGAUGCCAUCUCAGUACCACAAUCUAAGCUACUCCUCCAGUCCUGAAUACUACUGCAAACCUUCACACAGCAUCUGGGAGAGAUUCAAACUCCACCGGAAACGGCAUAAAGAUGAGGAGUACAUGGCUGCGGGGCAUGCUCUGCGUAAGAAAGUCCAGUUUGCAAAGGAUGAGGACCUGCAUGAUAUUUUAGACUACUGGAAAGGAGUUUCAGCCCAACAUAAAUCUUAACUCAUUUAGCUGUUUUUAAAGUGGACCCGACGUUGCAGAAGUGACACAGGAACCUCAUCUGGCAACUGAAUUAGUGGAUUCUUCCAAAUCAUAUUCAACAACUCAUUCACGUGUGUCACAUUCUAUUUUGACUGGGAAGAAAAUGGGUGAAGAUUCUUUAAAUUUGUCAUUUUAUGUAAAAAAAUCAUCAGGAAAAAAAGGUAUUACAAAUUAAUAAUAAAUAUGUUAAAAUGGAUAAUAGGUUUUUGCGUAUCGCAUGGCCAAGUCCUGUGAUAGUGGAUUUGCUGUUGUGUAAUAUGAAACUACAAUAUGAAGAUACUGAAACCUCAAUAUUUUUUGAAGAACUAUCUGGACCCAUUAUAACAGAACACUUUUCUUCCCUCCUUGCAUAUAUUUAAUUCAAAAUUGUACAGAUAUGGGUUUCUAUAUUUGAAAUGUUUGCUGUGUAAAUGGUGAAGUAUUAGUGGAUGAAUCAGGUUUAUUAAAUGGAGCGCUGUUCUUUGAGAUUAUCUUGGUUACUAAAGAACAGCAAGUCUUACUGUAAACCUGUGGGAGCAUUUAGUCAUUUCUACCAUUACCGCCUGUUCUUUUUUUUUAUUUUAUUAAUUUUUUUGGUUUGUUUGUUUGUUUUUAAAAUUUUUUUUUCUUUUUUAAAAGCUUUUACAUGAUUCAGAUGGAUUCAGUUUGUAGUGCCCUGAAUCCCACUGUGCAGUAUUCAAUGGAUGGAUCCUGACACACUUCCUGCUGGCAAAAGUGCAGUAUAGUUCAGGGUGUGAUAAGCGUCUCUUUCAUCGGUUUCACCAACCAACAUUUGUAUUUUUAGUACCAAAGUAGAAAACAAAAACAAAAACAAAAAAAAAAAAAAAAAAAUGGUGAAAUGUUUACAAUACUCCUGCACAGCCUGGGGAGGUCGUAUUAAUAUACAACAGGAAGUCCAUGUAGUUUUUAUUCUAUUAGAAAUUCCCUAA